UACCUUGACCCACGCCCAAAGUGCGACCUAACCUUAUUACCAUUUGUCAUCAAGUUGUGAGAUAAGAGUGUCUCGUGCACGAUGUCGACUACCUCACCGAGAACACGGCUAAUUCCGAGCCGUUACAUUAGCUUCGUUCCAUCGUGCUUUUUUACGUGACACUCGUCUCCGCGUCGCACAAACAAUUUUCAAUUACUUAUCCGCGCGUUCGGAGAAAAAACUCGCGGACGAUUCAGCCAUCAUGAACGCGGAAUACGACGAGGAUCUGACGGAGAAUCACUUUCUGCAGGAGCUCAAGAAUAAACACGAAUCGACGCUCGAGCGGGUCAUUCAGGAAGGUUGGAUCGUCUGUGUUCCGCGCAACGGGAGUUUCGUCGCUCGCGAGUUACAGAACGACGAGGUAAACGCUCACAUUCUGAUUCCCCGGCGGGAUCUCGUCGCUCGAUUUGACAGUCUGAGCGGCAACGAGAUUCUGCUCGCCGACAAGGUUCUGACUGAAGUUCGCGACGACGCCGAGCAAAUUUCCUCUCGCUUGCUCUUCGAAGAAAUCUUCUACAGCAGGGACAUGCGUAAAUACUGCGUGUGGUGCGUAGAGCGGCCUUUAAAGGCCACUAUGUAUAUAUCAAACAACAGUUUAAGCUUAAUCACGAAUCUCCAGGAAGCUGUGAAUUUUCUUCAAGUAGAAGUGGCCAAUACGCAACUCCGCAACGACUUGGACAACAAGAUCAAAGAGUUUUUGUACGUUAACAAGAGUUUAGAUUGCAAAUUCGCGCAAAUGCAAGCAGAUCUGGUGCGCGAAUUGUACACAGAUUGUCUCAAGAUGCUGCUGGAAGACGCGGCACUGAGAGAAAAGAUCUCAGGUGACAAGCUUUAUCAUAGAAAUGUCAGAGUAUCGUUAGAGACUUAUAUUCUGUACGCCUUAAAAGAUGUACUGUUAAAAUCGCUGUCCGCUUUCACUGCUGUAGAAGAUGCGUGCUUAAACAAGAUUAUCAGAAAUCUAGACGAGAUCGAAUUGAACGAUCUCCGUGUACGGUCCGAUCUGCAGUCUCGUGUCUAUGGAGGAAAGAUUGAACUGUCGCGACUAGAUUGCUUCGUGACUGUAUUAGGUAAGAUCGAAUGUCUCAGAAGAACUGUAAAUUACAUAUCGCGCGGAACGUCGUCAGUGUCGUCGGACGAUCUUCUGCCGGUGCUCGUGUUCCUUGUCGUCAAGGCUGGUCUAUCCAACUGGACAGCACAGUUGCUCUUCAUGAAACAAUUUCGUCUCUCUACCGAUUCCGCUCACGAAGCGGACGAAGCUGGCUUUCUGAUAACGUCGCUGGAAGCUGCGAUGGAACACAUCAAGUCUGGAACAAUCUGCAGAGAUGACAAUCAGCAAACGGAGCAAUCGGAACGCUCGUCCGUCAGUUAUCUGUUCUCAUGUAUUAAAAACGGGAAUUUGUCCGAAGUCGAGAGACUGUUGACUCACAAAGAAUCGAGCUACGUCGAUCAUAUUUCGUUUUGCCAUCCGUUGUGUAGCUGCGCGUCUUGCGAACGAAACUGGACGAAGCAAAGGGAUCUUAAUGCGCAUCCCAAAGACGAAAGAGGUUUGACUCCGUUGCACGUCGCGGUGUUGUACGAUCAGAUAGUAAUCGUGGACUUCCUUCUCGAUCGUGAGACGGAUAUUAACGCCGCUGACUCAGAUGGACUUACGGCUCUUCAUUACGCGUGUGUCAAAGGUCAUCAGAACAUUCUGCUGCUGAUGCUGCACGCAAACGCGGAUCCCACACUGACCGACUCACGAGGGAACACACCUCUACAUCUGGCUGUUGACCGCGGUCACGAGAAUUGUGUGAAGGCAUUGUUGUACUUGUCGGAACACAUGAGGAUGCCAGUCGACGCGAAUACCGCGAACGAGAACGGCGACACGCCGUUGCAUCUCGCGGCCAGGUGGGGAUACGGCGCGAUUGUUCGCAUCCUAUUGGAAUAUUGCGCCAAUCGCAAGAUAAUCAACAAGAAAGGUCAAACACCGUUGGCGGUAACAUAUAACGAGAGCAUUGCCGAUCUGCUUAGAAGUGACAGUACCGGUCUGUCAACACGUGCCAACUUCGCGCACUCUCAACCGCUGGUCUUCCAACAAUGUCAUUGGCCCACGUCGGAGAACAAGACUUUGUCGCAUCCCAAGAAUUACGCCAAGACGAUGCAGCAUCGUAUGAUGGACAAGCUGCUCGCCGCUAUAGUCGACGGCGAUAUAUGUUUGGCGUGUUACUACCUUGGGUUGGAAGUUUAUCGCGAACGGCCAUCGAAUACUCGGGCAAGUCUCUGCCAUCACCCGCUGUGUGACUGCGAGCGUUGCUCAGCUAUCGGCGAGUGCAAACUGGAGCGAACACGGCGGCAACGCACGCUCGCGAUCAACGCCUGCAACAGCAUCGGCGAAACGGCGUUGCACGUGGCGAGCGCGACCGGUCGCACCAGAAUGGUACAGCUACUGCUGGACGCUGGCGCGAACGUGAACGUGGUGACCGAGUCGGAGGGUCGUACACCGUUGCACCUAGCGUGCCUGCAUGAUCACAUCGAUGUGGCGAAGCUGCUGUUGAACUGCGCAACAUGCGACGUGGACGCGAAAGAUGGCAACUGCGACACGCCACUGCACUUGGCUACCAUGGCAGGCAACGUGAAAAUUGUAGGUCUGUUAGUUAGAUGCGGCGCGAACACUGUCGCUCGCAAUCUGCAGAACAAGACACCGCUGCGACAGGUGGAAGAAAAGCUGUCGAUUGUUUUCUCCUCGAAUCACGCCAAUAUACUCAAGAUUCUGAAGCAAAAUUCCACUCAGCCAGCUGGCGAUUAAUUUAGAGAUAAGACUCAUUUUGGAAUUAACUUUUGCAACUUGCAUAAAAAUUCUCAUUUUUUAUGUGAUAUUAUCUAUUUGAAGAUCCUGAAGCAGAACUGCACAAAUGAAAUUUUAUUCUAUAAACGAUGAUGAUCCAUCGUUUCUCAGCGUUAAUAUUUCGAGAUAUUUUAUUUUAUCUUAAGAUAAAAAUUGAAAAUCAGUUUUUGAUAUACUUUUGUAUAUAUUACACUACAUCUAAUUUCACUCAUUGCAAUUUGUUUCUAGUCUAAAUAUUUAUUAAUAUAUUUUGUACAGAAUAUUUUUGUGUUAUUUUCUCUCUAAUAAAAAGUUGUGAGAUUUGUUUUUGUUAGAAUCACUAUACACACGCAAUACACACUCGGCACAAAUUGUGACAACGUACAAUGAGCGCAAAAUGAACAAUGUAUAAUAACGAAUUGUAUUAUAAAUAGUUCUAUUUUGUAUAU